AUUAUUACUCAUCCGCUCUCCACAGUGAGAGCGAGAGAGAGGCACUGGUCUUAUUGAAUUCUCUUCCCACUGCAUCUCCGCACUCUCUCUCUCUCUCUCUCUCUCUCUCAAACUCUGCUGCUUCAAUGGCGUCGCCCCCCGGCCUCGGCCUCCUCCGCCUCUCCUUCCUCCUCUCCUUCCUCCUCCUCUCCCUCCUCGCCUCCACUCCAGCGCGGGCUCAGAUCCUCGACGACACGCGCCUCACGGACUCCGCAGCCCUCGAGUGGACCGGCGCCUCCCUCUACGGCUCCGAGUUUGACAAUAUCGUCGGCGAGGACGAGGAAGAAGAAGCCUCCGGCGACGCCUUCGCCCGCAGAUCUCUGUACUGGAGGUCGCCAAUGAGGUACUACAUCUCGUACGGGGCGCUCUCGGCCAACCGGAUCCCCUGCCCGCCCCGCUCCGGCCGGUCCUACUACACCCACAACUGCUUCAAGGCCCGCGGCCCCGUCCACCCCUAUUCCCACGGCUGCUCCGCCAUUACCCGCUGCCGGAAAUGAGCCGUCUCUGCCGGAGUCCGAGCCGGUGCAGCGAGCACAUUUAAGUCCAUCGACCAGCUGGAGGGGUUUGAGAUUAUUUACUUUUGCCUGCUUCCUGAUGGAUCCUUAGCUUAUGCUACUACUUACGUACUAGCGAUAUAUAAGAUAUAUGUGUCUGGGGAACUAAGUACGCGCGGGUUCGUAAUGUUUGUCGACGGCAUCGAUUCGAUGCCCUCUCGGUUUUAAUAUUCAUGAAUUAGAUAUAUCAUAUCUUAUACUAUAUGUCUUUGAACCCCCCGAUUGAUGUGUUCGGUGGUUAAUUGAGUGAUUCAGUUUUAUAAUGCU